CACUCUUGCUAGCUUGACUCCGCGCUUUUCACUAAGGUGGUCGUUCCACAAGCGGCUCGUGAAGCAGGAAUCCAGACAGGAUUAUCAACAGCAGACACCGCCGACCGAUAUUUCUGCCUUCAAUUCGCCUCGCGCACCGGACCGCAUCGACCCUCCUUUCAACCGACGGACUUUUACAUGGCAGCCGGCUGCAGCAUCCGUCAUCUCAGCCUCCAAUCCAACGGGAUGACGGAGGGAAUCGAGCCUCCUCACGUCGGUGAGGUGACGUUCAAGGGCUGCAGGAAUUCCUAGAUCCGCUGUGGCAGCGACUUGGUGAUCUAAAAGGACUUCUUCAAUCUAUCCUGGUACGUCAAAGGUCAGGGUGAGCCACAAAGAGGCUUUGGAGCUGUUGGAACUUGAAGUCUUGCUUGGGGGUACUUUGGCGGAGUGGAUGGGAGGAACGCUAGACUCUAUCAUUUAUCUCAAAUGAGUUGAAAGAGAAGACGCUGAACUAAUUAGAAAAAUGGCUCACUAAAAUAGAAAUAUAGAUAUUUUUUAUAUUUAUGUAAUAAUACUGCAGCCUUCAUCAGGGUGGACCUGGACAGAGUUGCAGUAUUGUGUAAAACAGAUAUUAUCAGGUCAUUAGGUAAUCCAUAUAAUCCAGAAGAGACACUUUGGUCAUUCCGCCAUCGUGAUGGUGGGAGCAACCAUUACCUGCCAUCUCAGGACUACUGCGGUCUAACAGAAGUUUUUUGGUUUCCCUGUGGGAAAUAACUGGAACGUUGUGGUUUGCCAGAACCAUGGACUACAACGCUGAGAGUUUGUUCUGUGAUCUGGAGGAGUGUCACAACGGCUUGGAUGAGCCGCCGCUCCACAGUAUCCACGCGCCAAACCGGAUCCGCCCGUCCUCGUACCGAGCCCUGAGGAGCGCUGUGUCCAGUCUGGCCCGGAUCGACGAUUUCUUCUGUGAGAAGAUAGGUUCAGGCUUCUUCUCUGAGGUCUUCAAGGUGCAGCAUCGGAUUACGGGGCAGGUGAUGGCCCUGAAAAUGAACACGCUGGCUAGCAACAAAGCUAACAUGCUACGAGAAGUGCAGCUCAUGAACAGGCUUUGCCAUCCAAACAUACUCAAGUUUCUUGGGGUUUGUGUGCAUGAAGGUCAACUCCACGCUCUGACUGAGUAUAUAAACGGAGGCAACCUGGAGCAGCUGUUGGACAGCGAUCUGUACCUGUCGUGGUGCGUCAGGAUCGAUCUGUCUCUGGAAAUCGCCCGAGGGCUGCAGUACCUGCACAAAAAGGGCAUUUUCCACAGAGACCUCACCUCCAAGAACUGUCUGGUUCGCUGUGAGAAUGGUACGUUCACAGCUGUGGUGGGAGACUUCGGCCUGGCAGAGAAGAUCCCUGACUACAGUGAUGGUGUGGGGAAGCAGCCUUUGGCCAUCGUGGGCUCCCCCUAUUGGAUGGCCCCUGAAGUUUUGAGAGGAGAGCUGUACGAUGAGAAGGUGGAUGUGUUUGCGUACGGCAUCAUUCUGUGUGAGAUCAUUGCCCGGAUUGAAGCUGAUCCUGACUUCUUACCCAGGACAGAGGACUUUGGUCUGGACGUGGAUGCAUUUGAGAACAUGAUUGGGGAUUGUCCAGCUGCGUUCUUUAGUCUUGCUGUUGCCUGCUGUAAUAUGAGUGCAGUGAGCCGUCCCUCGUUCUCUGACAUUGUCUUAAUUUUGGAGGGAAUGGAUAGAGAAGAAGAGAGAGAGAAGCCCAUUGCACUCGAGCCAGUGGCAGUAGAUGUCAGCCCGUACCGGCGCCGCAGCUCUCCUUGUCACCCGGUUGACCGCAGCCAGCAACUCCAAGGCCUGGCAAGGAGCCAGUCGGACAUGUUAAACCCGGGCACGCAGACUCCUCUUCUCCUCGGGACCCCUGCGCGGGUCAACCCCUUCUCUCUCAGACAGGACCUAAAUGGGGGGCGGUGUAAACUCUUAGACACACCUAGCAAGUCCGUCAUCUCCCUGACAUUUACCCUCCCGGCACUUCGUGACCCUUGCUCCUCCCCCCACCUUCUCCGAGGGAUGCCAGGGAUGCGAGCGCUGCCAAGGAGAUGCCAGUCACUCCCCUGUACUCCAGAGCUCAGCAGGACUGUAGGCUUUCCAAAAGAUACGGAGGGGAAGGAGGAGGAAAAUGAUGAAGAAGAAAAAAGAGUGUCAAUUACAAAAGGGAGGGAGGAUGUAGGGGACCACAUGAGGAAGAGGACCGGGGCGUCAGAGGAGGCAGUAGAGCAGAUUGAGAUAACUGACAAGAGAGAGUUGUUAACGGAGGAGGAUGGGAUGGAAGAGGAGUUAUGUCUUUCUUCAGAGCUGGAGAUGAUGUCUCUGGAGCGGGUAGAGGAGGAGGAAGAAGAGGAGAGUGUACGUCCAACAGAACCCAUGGACUGUACCAAGUCUCCUGAGACAGUAGAGGGAGGCAUUGACUCCUCACCUGGAAGAUCCCUGCUCACCUCCACUUGCUCCUCCUCCUUAAAGACAAAUGGCUGGCAACUCCCCAUCUCCAACGGACCGCUCACAUUGCCUGCUCUGCCACGACUGGACAACAACAACGAGUCAGCUCUUGUGAUUGGUCAGCAGGUGCGGUUGGGUGGAGGACAGCGUGCAAAUGGUUACAGUGGCUCCCAGCUCCAGUCCUCUGACCCUAGCGGCACCUCUGAGCAGAAUGAGGUCAUUUCCUGUCCAGGAUGUUGUCUGGUGAGUCUGAGUUUUCCCUUUGUGUGCCUCCGGGGUUCAGCUGCUAUGCCCGCCCCCCGCCGAAGGGCUUCAUUACCACGGCGAAUUUACCAGAACCUCAACGGUACCAUAACCAGUGGCAGCGCUUCCUCCUCAACCACAGCUGCCCCAGCAACCAAAGCUCUGCUGUGUCGAAGCCCAUAUGGACUUGUAGUGCCAUGUGAGCCUGGCCGGUCCCUGCCGGAGGCCCAGACAUAGGCCUGCCGACGGGGGAUGCACCAGCACUAAAUUUUAGCGGAAAAACUUACUAACACUAAGGGCACUUUCACACCUGUUGUUUGGUAUACUCGGUACAAUUCGGGGGGGGAAGUUGCACUGUCGUUGCAUUUUCAUUAUGUUUGCUUUGCGUUCAGACUGCACUUUGUCAAGCGCACCAAACACUGUUAACAAAUGUCACACGGUUGAAAAGGUCGCUGGUCUAUUGGACAGAGGUCCCAGCGACUGUGUUUAUUAAAUGGAGAAAUAGAGAUUUUUUUUAAAUGUUAAUAAAAUAUCAGUCAUGCAAAAUUCCUAAAUAAUU